AUGGUGGAUGAGGCUACUCGCCGGGUGGUGUCGGAUAUCCCGCUGUUGAAGACCGGGGCCAGCCCGCGGGACAAGGAGCUGUGGGUGCAGCGGCUGAAGGAGGAGUACCAGGCCCUCAUCCGGUAUGUGGAGAACAACAAGAAGGCGGACAAUGACUGGUUCAGGUUAGAGUCGAAUAAAGAAGGCACCAGGUGGUUCGGGAAAUGCUGGUACAUCCACGAGCUGCUGAAGUACGAAUUCGAUGUGGAGUUCGAUAUUCCGGUCACUUACCCGUCCACAGCCCCCGAAAUCGCCAUUCCAGAGCUGGACGGCAAGACGGCGAAGAUGUACAGAGGAGGGAAGAUCUGCCUGACGGAACACUUCAAACCACUGUGGGCACGGAACGUACCAAAAUUCGGCCUGGCACAUCUCAUGGCUUUAGGGCUGGGCCCGUGGCUGGCGGUGGAAAUUCCUGACCUGAUCAGCAAGAGAAUGAUCAAACAUAAGGACAAUUGA